AUGGGGUCUGGGGCAAGCCAAUGUAGUCCUCUGGAAUGUUUUUUAAACAACUGGAAAGCAGCCACAAAGCAUGAUGAUUGGGGAAUCAAAUUGAGGCAACGGAGGAUGAGAACAUUAUGUGAGGUUGACUGGCCCUCGCAACAAACUAACUGGCCCUCGGAGGGGAGCUUCGAUUUGCAACUAAUCAACCCACUGUAUCGAAAUAUCUUGAACGUCCACCCAGACCAGAUCCCCUACAUUUCUACUUGGAAAACCAAUGUAGAAAAGAACCCAUCGUGGUUGAAAGCCUGCCGAGGCGACGCCCCACAAAGUACAGUUUGUGCAGUUCGACCGACAGGGAAGUCAGAAAAGCCCCCAGUGAUACCAGACCCAGAAGAAGAGGAGGGGGAAGUCAUUAAACCACCUCCACCCUAUGCUCCACCAACUGCCCCUCCCCUGGACCCAGGCCCCCAGGCACCGGGAGGAGCUAGCCCCCAGCCUGAACCCCCCAAGGCUAAUGAAUCAGAAGAAGAAGAAGACGAUGAUGAGGAAUUUGUAAAGGGAUUGGUUGAGUUAGCAAAGAAGGGAAGAGAGUGGACUCAGUAUCAGUCUUUGAGAUUGCAACAGUAUGUACAACCCUAUGCAGAAGAAGUGGAUGUUAGCCCCCACGUGUUGGCUGCAGCAGGAUGCUCCUCAACACAAGGGAAGAAAUGGCAGAGGGAAUGGAUAGAAGCAGCAACCAGGGCAGCCUUCCAUAAGUCCCAUGAGGCACAGAAAAGGGUGGGGUCGGAGUAA